AUGACGUUCGCACCCAACAGCCUGAAGAUACAAUACAAGCCGGUGGAUGGCACGAUGAUGACUAUUAGCGGAGACAUGUCCACCACAACCACGAGACUGGAGUGCAUAGAGGAGUUCCUUGGGGACGAGCGCAUGUUCUUUGACGUGUCGGCGGUCUUGGGCAGAUUCCUGGAUCUUGAUAGCCUCCUGUUACAGCUGGUCAGGAUACCCAAGAAAUCGAGCAUACAGUCGACCCGAGCCAACUUGGUGCACAUCUUGGAGCUGAAACACACUCUGGAAACAGUCCCGCCGCUGGCGGAAGCGCUCAAGGGAUGCCAAAACUCUUUGCUGCAAGCUAUACUCAACAACCUCCAGGACCCCAGAAUCGAAGCUCUUCAAAUGAAGCUGGAGGAUGUGGUGCGUGAAGACGCUAUCUACGUCAAAAACACGCACAAGAUGCGCAAUCAGGACUGUUGGACGUGGCAAGAAAGAGCUGGACAGAAGCCAAUG